AUGGAUGUUGUUGAGACUAGUGGAAAGGAAACUCUUUCUUCUGGAGAGCCUUCCAACAAACGCAGCAUUCCAUCAAUUGAUGAUGAUGAAGUCGUCGGCUUUGAGAAUGAUGCAGAAAUUAUAAUGAAGAAAUUGACUGGAAGAACAAAGGAGUUGGAUGUCCUCUCAAUCUUUGGAAUGCCAGGACUCGGAAAAACAACUUUGGCCAGGAAAGUGUACAACAAUCCUUCUAUUGUUAAUCACUUUGAUGUUAAAGUAUGGUGUGCUGUGUCUCAAGCAUAUAAUAGGAUGACGUUGUUGGUUGAGAUUUUCAAACAAGCUAUAAAUAAAGAGUGCAAAAUCAAGGAGAAUGAUAACGUAGCUGACAUGUUGCGCAAGAUUCUAAUAGGCAAGAGAUACCUCAUCGUGUUAGAUGAUGUAUGGGAAGUCGAGGCAUGGGAGGAUUUGAGAUUAUGUUUCCCUAGAGGUGAAAACGGAUGCAGAGUAAUGGUAACAACUAGAAUUGAACAAGUUGCUAAGCAUCUCCAGCACUGUAGUGAUCCUUAUUCUCUUAGAUUUCUAACAAUGGAAGAGAGUUGCGUAUUAUUGCAGAAGAAAGUGUUUCGAGGAGAGAAUUGUCCCUCAAAUCUAGUGGAAGCAGGAUUACAAAUUGUCCAAACACUGUAA